AUGAACCCGAACGGCAUCGGAGUGCAGGAAAUGCUUCUCAUCAAUCGCCUUGUCAAUGGGCGGUGUGGCAUGGCCCACGUCAGAUUCCUACCCACCCUUUACCCUGAACACCCUGCAUUCCAUGCAUAUUACGAGUCUGGACGAUCAGGGCACACUAGCUAUAGGCCAAGCUCGGAACUUGAGGUGGCCUCGCCACAAGACAACCAACACAGGAUGCCGCCCGACCAGGCUCGGAACGAGCUCACCAUCGAUGAACCAUCCAUACCAUCCACUUCUCGCUCUUCGCCUCUGCCCUUCCCAUCUACGCCGUCUUCGGCUUCAGCAUUUGUCUCGUCUCCUCCAAACAAUCUUAGGAUUAUUCUUCCUCCAGGUAUUCCCUCGACACCCUCCACCCCGGAUCACACGACCUACAACGACAGUCGCCACACACGUCGCCCCACGCUGCCUCGCCACAUUUCCAGCCCACCUGAACAUUCUACCAGUUUCCGGUCUUCAUACAGAGGAGCAGACCGCCAGGGUAAUGCCUCUACACUCGUGAACUUGACUCGCAGGCUCUCGAGAUAUGCCGGGCCAUCGCCAGAGCAGCCCGAAUGGACCGUCUUUGGCCAGAUCAUGGACAGGGCGGAUUCUACUGCUACUGCUAGGCCAGGUCUUCGAUCACAUCCUUCGGCUCGGAUGAGUCGGAGGAUCCCCAGUUCUCGCUCGGUGCCUCACGUUGCGGCCGUUUCUGAGGUCAAUGACGAGGACUUUGCGCCCUCCGUGUUGCAGUCACCUGUCUCUGAUCCGGAACUGGAUAGACAUUUCCCGCACUCUGUGCAUCCGGACACGCCCGCGUACUCGACUUCGGAUGACGAGGAACGUACGGAGGACGAUGAGGAAGAGGAAGAGGAUGGGUCGACCGAGGAUGGUAGGAGUUCGUCGUCUUCGAGCUCGGAUUCUGGGAGCCUACGGUCAAGGAAUGGUGAUACACCUCCGCCGUGGUAUUCGUGGUCAAGAGUUCCCACCAUACCCACGCUCUACCGCAAUAUCUUGAAGUGCAGCAUCGCGUAUUUUCUGGCGUCGUUGUUCACGUAUAAUGACUUUCUCUCCGGUCUCGUCACCGCACUCGCUACCAAUAAUGCUGAAAACCGAUAUCCUUCUCCUUCUGGACAUAUGGUGGCGACUGUAGCCGUGUACUACAAUCCAGCCAAGACGAGAGGUGGCAUGCUUGAAGCCGACCGGUACUGUCUCAUGGGACUUGCUUUUGCGGGGUUCGUGUCUCUGGGAAGUAUGAACAUGUACAAGUGGCUGGAACAAUUCCAGGCUCUCGACUGGUUGGCCGAUGUUUUAGUGAUCGUAUGGAUUGGGCUUGGAAUGUCAACUGUGGCGUGGAUGAAGAUAUGGAUGGCGAAGCCGACGUUCAAUACAGCCUGCAGCAUGUUCGCCAUCAUCCUCUUCGUCGUCGUCGUGAAAGAAGGCGGCCUGCCCAUGCUUCUCCAAGUCGCGCUCAUUGUCGUCAUUGGCUCUAUAGUUUCGAACGCAGUUUGCUAUAUUAUAUGGCCCCAAUCGGCCACCCAAAAUCUGCAAACGAACAUGAUAAAAACACUCGACUCUUACUCCACCCUUCUCAACCUCCUCACAUCCACAUUCCUCCUCGAAGAACCUCUGCACCAUCCAUCUCAAGAGAAAAUCAAGAAAGCAGUCGCGGACCAUCAGGCUUCGUUCACCAGUUUGAAGAAGAACUUGAGCGAGGCGAGGAGUGAGGGGUGGUUUGGAGGGCCGAAUGAGGGGAGUUUGGGCGUGCCUGGGAGUGGGACGGGAAAGGCGUACCAGGACGCGGUGGACAGUUUGACGAGAUUGGCGCAACAUCUCAGUGGGUUGAGGAGUGGGACUAGUAUGCAAUAUGAGUUGACGAAGACGAGAGUCAAUGUUGGCAGGAAGGGGACAUUGAAGCGGAAGGCGAGUAGGAAGGUACCCAGCAGUGCGAGCCAGGGUAAUGGAGUCUACGCGGUGGACAAUGGGAACGGCAACGGGAAGGCAAAUCAAGGUGUUUCGGUGAAUGUGAUGGAUGCGGAUGCGGAGACGAUGUUGAAGGCUGCGGCGGCCGUAUUCGGAGAUCUGGUGGAGGAGCUUGGCCCGCCAUUGAAGCCGCUUGUGAACACGUGCAUGGAUGCUAUCAAGCGGCUACGAGAGACUUUUGCCCACAGACAUCGCGCCGGCUAUAACGUCGAAGUCUCGGACUUCCUACAGCUCGCGGACGCGAUCGAGAGGGCGUUGUUCACGUUUGAGAGCACAUCGAAUCAUGCGGUCCUGCGGCUUUAUAAUAGGGGCGGCUUUUCUGGUCUCAACUCGCGUGGGUCUAUCUAUUCGUUGAACGACGAGAAUCCAGUAACGGUCGGGAGCGAGAACGAGAAUAUAUUCCUAGUUUAUUUCUUUAUUUUCACGUUGCAGGAGUUCGCCCGUGAGCUCGUCUCCCUCAUCGAUGCGAUGGGCAGGAUAUAUGUUGCGGAGCGUGUAGCUGCAUCUGAACCGUGGUGGAUCGUGAGGAUCCCCAAAAUGAUAUUCCGAUCGUUGAAGAAACGCUUGAAGAAAGAUCUUCACUCCACUGUACUACCUCGAACUCGAGGCCGCACCAAUACUCAGACCCGCUCCGGACUCACACGUCGCAUUUCUGCAUACAUAACUAGACCCUCUACACCCACUCACAUCACUUCCUCCUUCCCAAAAAUCAAGCCUCAUGCCCCCAACACGAUCCAGACUCCCGCCGCAUCCGAACUAUCCCGUAUCGGUCGUGUGAAGCAGUACAUGUGGGCUCUUGGGGACAGGAUGAGAGGGAAGGAUAUUAAGUAUGCGGUUAAGGCCGGGAUGGCGACUGCGAUGUUGGCGGCACCAGCGUUUUUCUCGACGACGAGGCCAUGGUUUGUGGAGUAUAGGCUGGAGUGGGCGUUGAUUUCGAGGACAAGGUCUGAAAGGAGCUGGCUCUUGUCAGUUUUUUGUGGUGAUGUCGCCUACGAUCGGAGCGGCAUCACUAUUAUACCCUCGUCCAAUCCUCCAAAAUUUACAAGUCUACACAGAUUUGGAGCCGUCACCGCCGCUUCCAUAUACACGUUGUUCCCCGACAAUGCCGUCGUCCUCUCCAUUUUCGGGUUCUUCUACUCCCUGCCGUGCUUUUACUACAUCGUCUCCCAGCCACAGUACGCGACUACUGGGCGAUUUGUGCUGCUGACGUAUAAUCUGACGUGUUUGUAUUGUUACAAUACACGGCAGAAGGACGUCUCAGUGGUCGAUAUCGCGUUUAGGAGGUCGUUGGCUGUCACGGUCGGUGUUGUGUGGGCAUUUUUGGUUUCGAGAUUCUGGUGGCCAUCGGAAGCGCGUAGAGAAUUGAGCAAGGCUCUCGGAGAAUUUUGUUUGAACAUCGGAUGGCUAUAUACACGACUGGUUGCGUCCAAUUCGUUCUCUCCGGAGGCUGUACAGGAGGGCUUUGAUGAGGACGAACCGACGGAAGAGAGCAGCCUUAUCCCUAGGAAACCAAAGACCACGCUGAGCAACUCCAUCGAAGAGUUUAUGUCGAUGGAGCUCCAUCUACAGAUCAAACUUCUUGAGCUACAAGACCUGCUCAAGCAAACGCAACACGAACCGCGACUGAAGGGGCCAUUUCCUACCCAGUUAUAUCGCUCCAUUUUGACCAGCCUGCAAAAGAUGCUGGAUAAUCUACAUAGCAUGCGGUGUGUGACUACGCGGGAGGAAUGGUACACGAGCGUCCGACGUGACUUCAUAUUACCCGUGAACAAAGAGCGAAGAGAGAUGGUUGGGAAUAUCAUACUAUAUUUCUCGACUUUGUCUUCGGCAUAUAGACUCAAGGUACCACUUCCACCAUAUCUUCCACCAGCGGAGAAAGCCCGACAGAAUUUGGUCAAUGCCAUACGCCGACUCGACGUCGUCAAGAACCGAGAUAUCCGAGUCUCGCGUCAGCUCCUGUUUUUCGCGUAUGCACUCACUAUGCAGAGCAUCACCAAAGAACUGGAUUACCUUGGGCGUACGACGCAGGAUGCAUUCGGGGUAAUCGGAGGGAGUACGGAGAUGUUCGAGGAGUUGUUUAGGGAGCAGGCGAUGGGGGCAGAGGCUUCGCACUUUCGUUGGUUCCAUGAGUUAUUCAUAAUUUAUUUCUGUGGAGAUGGCCGUGUGUCCCACGUUCAGCCUUAUACAUGUAGGCAACGCCUUUUAGUUAGAUGCGGGACAGGCGAAGGUUGGAUCACUCUCACAGCACACCAGAACCAAUCUUUAUAUCCCAACAAUCCCAUCGUACCUCCAGGUGCACCCCGAGUAAAUAUACUGAACGGGACUGUUGUUGGACUUGAUUUACCGGAUUACGGGCAGCAAGCCUUCCUCGGCAUUCCGUUUGCCCAGCCUCCAACUGGGCGUCUUCGUCUUCGUCGUCCUUUGCCAUACGAUCGUACCUUUGGCGAAGACGGGUUCGUCGCGACCAAGUACUCGGGUAUAUGUUGGACGAAGUAUGGUCAAUCUGCCGAUGGUAGUGAUUUACCACAGGACGAGGAUUGUCUCACGAUCAACGUCGUACGUCCGAAUUAUACAAGCAAGGGCUAUGCUCUACCCAUCAUGCUUAAUAUCUACGGGGGCGGUCUGAUUGGUGGAGGUUCGGCCAUGAAUAUCUACAACGGCAGUUUUCUCGUCCAAAGAAGCAUGGAACUCAACACCCCAGUCAUCUACGUUUCCUUCAACUACCGGACUAACUCCCUGGGCUUCCUCUCAAGCUCUACCCUCGUCGAUAAAGGACUCGUGAACCUCGGCUACUACGAUCAGAGACUUGCGCUACACUGGGUCCAGACAAACAUUGCUGCAUUCGGUGGCGAUCCCGCUAAAGUCACAAUUUUUGGAGAAAGCGCAGGAGGGUGGUCCGUUGGUGCUCAUCUACUAGGUCAUGGUGGAAGAGACGACAGACUAUUCCGCGCUGCCAUUCUCCAAAGCGGACCACCACAAAAUGCGAUACGUGGUAAUACUUCCAAGUUCGACGAAGCCUUUGCUACCGGGCUGCGUGCUGCAUCCUGUGACGCUACUGCCUCGUUCCCACAGAGUAGGGUUUCUGGCCGUGAUGAAGAAGAAGUUCAACUAGAUUGUCUCCGUUUGUUGCCUAUCGAGGAGUACAGGAAGGCUUUUGCUGAUGCGCCCACGAGCGCGGUGAUAGAUAAUAACCUUGUGAGGAAGGGGCAGAGCCCUUCAUGGUCGUUUCCGGCGGGGAGGUUUGUGAAGGUGCCAGUCAUUCUGGGAGGUACUACGGAUGAGUUGUCUACGCUGGUCCCGAGUGGAUUCAACAGCGAGAGCGCUAUUGUCGACCGGGCAAUUAACAAAUGGGGCUUCAACCGUUCCACAGUGGCGAAGUUAAUGGCAUGUUAUCCUGAUGAUCCCUACAUAGGCAUACCAGCCAACACUGGUUCCUGGCGGCCUCCUUCCGGCACACAAGACAAGCGUGUAUUUGCCCUCAUGGGUGAUUUAACAUUUCAUGCAGGCAAUCGGUUCAUGGCUGAGCAGUUAGCGAAACAUUCUGUACCUGUGUGGAAGUAUAGCAUGGCACUGUCGGAACAGAUGCAGAGGGCGUGGAUAUCUUUUACCGUUCAUCUUAAUCCGAACAUACUGUCUGUCCUCGGACCCACACCUAUUUGGCCUGUUUACAACCCGAAAAGAUACCCUCCGGGUGGUCAAAACUUCGUGUUCCAGAGCGGAGGUUCGGUUAUCGAGAAGGACGAUUUUAGGGAUGAAGGGAUGAGGGUGUUGCUUGAGGAUGUGUUGUAUAACGGGUGGACGUACCCGGGAUGGUCAAAUUUGUGA